CUUGCUGUGUGUAUACAGCGUUUAAAUAUUUAACAGUAGCAAUGCAGAAGAUCCAAUGUAUUGUCACUGUGGACUGUGGAAUGGAUUGUAUUUAAAUACCCUCAGCGAGUAGUCAGUCAUUGUGAAAUUUAAAAAAAAAAGAUUUGUAAAUACAAACAUGUACAUGGAGAAAAAAUAUGGACUACGCAUGUGACACAGGGUUCAUUGACGGGGGAAAAAUGUAGUUCCGUGAUACUGGAAUUAAAUUGCUGUUUGAGGUUCUAGUUUGUCUGUUAAGAGAACCGUGCAUUUUACCAUCUCUUUUCAUUUUUGGAUACACUGUGUUGUUCGCUUUAUUAAUAGUGUCCACUGACUCCUGUAAAUCAUGGCAUUAAUUCUGCAUCUGAAAUAUGCUGAAAGCUUAAAAGGAAAAUCUGACCGGUUGGCGAAGGUGUCUUUUAGAGGUGUCUUUCAUUACACUGAAGUUGUAGAGGAUGCAGAAGGAAGUGCCUUUUUUGAUCAGACAUUCCAGUGGCCUGUGGCUAGGCCCAUUGAAAAAGAUGAGGUCAUUGAAAUUCAACUCUUCAACUACAAUAGAUAUCUGUCCAAUAGGUUGGUUGGAAUCUUCCGUAUGUUCUUACAGGAACUGGUGGAGGUGGGAAAUGUCAAGAUUUGUGACUCACUGCUGGACACCAAUAACGUAGUCAUGAAGACUACUGUGACCUUUGAACUGGUCUACAAUGCUCCUGAUGGGUCAGUUGGUAUGUGGCAAAAAGGAGGCUUUGACAGACUUACAUCAGAAGAACUUAGAUCUCCCCUCUCAGAGGAGGACCAGAACCUCAGGAAUCUGGAGCAAAGCAGUCUGGAUUCAGAGUCCAUCAUUUCUACGGGCAGUCCGUCUAAAUCAAUCCAUGGAUCCAAACUCAGCUUAGACUCUAAGAGAUCUGGUGGAAAGUCACCAAGGCACACCAAAAAUUUGUCAUCUGUGGUAAAGCUAAUGAUGAAUGUGUCCAGGCAGCGAGCAGGAGGAGGGAUUCCUCCAGAUGCUGAUGACAGACAGUCACUGAUAGACGACAUAGAGACAGAUCCAAGUUUAGAUGCCAAAGCAGCAGAAAUUGCUUCAAUGGUGGGAGGUGGCAAGGACAGUAACCUUGACGAUGAUCAGCAAAGUGAAGGUCGGGGUUCAAUAUCAGCAGGGUCGAUCAGUUUCAAAAGGUCCAAAGACAAAGUUCCAAGAAUAGAGCCAAUUUCUAUGAAAGCUCAGGACUUUCAGGUUUGCAUAACAGUGAUAGAGGCCAGGCAGCUGGCAGGAUUAAAUAUGGAUCCGGUGGUGUGUGUUCAGGUUGGAGAUCAGAAAAAAUACACCAGUGUCAAGGAAUCCACCAACUGUCCCUACUACAGUGAGUACUUUGUGUUUGACUUCCACAUGGCUCCUGCAAUGCUGUUUGACAAAAUCGUCACCUUAACAGUUUGUCAAUCUGGACGUCUCCUCAGAUCCAACAAGCCACUUGGACACUACAAACUGGAUGUAGGCACAGUGUAUGCUGCAACAGAUCACCAGUUCUAUCACAAAUGGGCAAUGUUAACUGACCCAGAUGAUAUCAAUGGAGGGGUCAAAGGUUAUCUCAAGUGUGACAUAGCAGUGGUGGGCAAAGGUGACUCAAUCAAGGUUCCACCACGAAUGGAGCAAGAUGAUGAUGACAUUGAAGGGAACUUGCUUCUACCUGAUGGUGUACCAGCAGAUAGACAAAGAGCCAAAUUCUGCAUCAACGUGUACAAGGCUGAGGGGUUGCCAAAAAUGAACACUGGUAUAAUGGCAAAUGUCAAAAGAGCCUUCACUGGAGAGAGUAAAGACCUAGUGGAUCCCUAUGUCAAUGUUUCCUUUGCUGGACAUCAAGGAAGAACCACAGUAAAGAAAGGUUGUUAUGAGCCUGAGUGGAACGAGCAGAUCAUCUUUACAGAGAUGUUCCCACCACUGUGUAGGAGACUCCAGAUACAGCUGAGAGACAAGGACAAAGUGAAUGAUGACGUGAUAGGAACACACUACAUUGAUAUCGCCAAAAUCUCCAAUGAAGGAGAAAAAGGUUUCCUUCCAACAUAUGGUCCCUGUUGGGUGAACUUAUAUGGAUCAACACGACAAUACAGUCUGCUGAAUGAGAACCAGCACCUGAAUGAUGGUCUGGGAGAGGGCGUGUCCUAUAGAGGUCGAAUGUUAAUAUCUCUACGGACAGAGGUCAUUGAGAGUGCUGACUUAGGAGGACCAGCCACGGUGGAGGUGUGCAGUUCUCUGCCCAUCCCAGAGAAUGCAGCAGGAAAGCUCGACGAAUUCUUUCUUUUUGGUUGUUUUAUGGAAGCCUCCAUGAUUGAUAAAAGACUAGGCGAGAAACCAGUUCAUUUUGAAAUCAGUUUGGGAAAUGCAGGUAAUGUGUUGGAUGGCUACAAUCCCCCUACCAAGAAAAGUAGUAGUUCCAGUGAUGACAGUGAAUCAGAGGAGGAGACAGCAGACGAUGCUCCACUCCUGAAUGAAGUGUCGGUGGAUACACCAAAGUGGAAAAGUACUACUCCUAUUCUACGACCAUCCACAAAAGACAGAAUGUACUACCACUUACCAUACUAUGAGGAUAAGCCUUGUGUGUAUAUCAAGCAUGCAAUAGAGGAUCAUCGAAGGAGAAUGUACAACUCAAACAUUGUUGACAGAAUCAUAGAAAAACUGGAUGAUGGAAUAUGUGAGGUUCACGAGAUGAUUGUUCAGGAACAACCAUUUCCAGAGAAGAGAAUGAGAGGGGUAUUCGAGGAAUUAGGGUCUGCUUGCUCUAAAUUUGUCAGCAUUGUCAAGGGAACUCAGGCCUCAGGAAAAACCAAGUUAGACAAGGAGAGACAGAAAUUACUCAUUAGAGAGAUGGAUCAUUUUUCCACAUCAGCCAGAACAAUGAAAACCACGACAUCAAAACACAAUCUGAAAGAGAAACUAAAAGUAGCCAAUCAGUACCUCCAGAAAUUAAAGUCACUAUCACAUGAACCACAACAUGCCCUACCAGAUGUGUUCAUUUGGAUGAUCAGUGGAAACAAAAGGAUAGCUUACCAGAGGAUUCCUGCGCGUCAGGUCAUCUACUCCAUUGUGGAGGAAGAACGAGGAAAGAACUGUGGCAAACAACAAAUCCUGCUUCUCAGACUGCCAGGUAAGAAGGCCACUGGUCAGUCUGGUUGGGGGAUCCAGGCCAAACUACAUAUGUACUUAUGGCUAGGACUCAGUAAACACAAGAAGGAUUUCCUGAAUGGACUGCCUAAAGGAUAUGAUGAGAGCCGGAUGGUACAAAUAGCUAACAAACCCCACUCUGUACCUCCCGAAUUCAUACACUACAGUGAUUCUGAGUCAUUCCAAGUUCGAUGUCAUAUGUACCAGGCCCGAAGUCUGAUUGGUUCAGAUGCCUCAGGAUUGUCAGAUCCAUUUGCCAGAGUAGCUUUUGGGGACCAGAGUGUGUGUACCCAGGUGAUAGAAGAGACUCUCAGUCCCACGUGGGAUGAGAUGAUGAUCAUUAAUGAGGUCACGGUGUACGGACAAGUGGACGAGAUUGUCAUCAACCCUCCCCUGAUCAUCAUUGAAGUCUUUGAUCAAGACAAAGUGGGCAAGUCAGAAUUCAUAGGAAGAGCAAUGGCUAAGCCAGUAGUAAAGAUGAAGGAUGAGAAGUAUGACAUGCCCAAAUUUCCUCCCAGACUUGAAUGGUGGGAUAUCUAUCGGGGACCAGACAAGGCAGGCCAACUCUUGGCAUGUUUUGAACUGCUUCAGCAUCCUUUUGAGGAGAAGGACCUGCGCUGUGCUCAUCUCACACCACCGUAUGCAAGGAAGACAAAUCUGUUAGCUUCCCUUGGAGAGAUGACAGGACAAGAGUUACCUCCCCUGGAACUGCCAACAGGGGAGAAAGACAGAGGUCCAGUCAUGCCAGUCCCUAAAGGGAUCAGACCAAUCCUUAGUAAACAUAGGAUAGAGGUCCUGUUCUGGGGUGUGAGGGAUCUGAAGCGAGUGCAGCUGACCACAGUGGAUAAGCCUCGGAUUGACAUAGAAUGUGCAGGACAUGUUCUUGCCUCUUCUGUAAUCCAAAACUACAAGAAAAAUCCAAACUUUGGAACACCUGUCAAAUUCUUUGAUGUGGAAUUGCCAGAGAAUGAGCUGUACUGCCCCCCUAUAACGAUCCGAUGUGUGGACUGUCGAAAUUUUGGUCGAUACGUCCUAGUAGGAACCCACGUUAUCAAUUCCAUUCACAAGUUUAUGUAUGUACCCACCACAAAGAAAGCAAAAGCGGCUCUACAGAAAUUAUUCCCAGGGAAGGAUCCCGAUGCACCAAAGAUUAUAGAGACAAGGCCCACAGGAACAGUUAAAAUUGAAGAUGUGGGUAUCAAACUUGAUGAGAACAUGCCCCUAAUUAAAAAAGAAUCUCCUGUAACAAUUAACAUGAUAAAUGUGAAACAGAAGAAGACCGAAGAGAAUUCUCGCCGGAAGAAGAAGGACUCUAUUGAAGAUGAGGAAGAAAUGGAUCUUGAAAGUAUGGAUUGGUGGAGCAAGUACUUUGCUUCUGUAGAAACUCUCAUUCGGGAACCAGACCCUUCAACCAAUCAGGAACAUGAAAGAAACAGGGAGGAUAACUUUGACAACUUGGACAUUUACAACCGAACAGAAAACCACUCCUCAGAGUCCAGAUCCCUGACUCCUUAUGGUGCGAUCAGCAAUGAGAACACGGGUGGGAACCCAGCACGUAAUCAAACUGAUGUUGUUGAUGAUCCAGACUUCAACCCUAAAGAGGCCAAGAAACUAGAAAAACAGAUGGAGAAGCAGGAUGAGCAAAAGAAGACAUUUCGAGGAGCAGCUAAAGCAGUCAGUCUGGCCAGCAAGCUGUCACCAAAAUCCCAGCAGAAAAAGUCUAACACACCUGCCGCAGCACAGCUCAAGACGCUCAAGACAGGACUUGGUCUGUUAAACUCUGCUUUUGAUAUGUCUGAGGAGGAGGCUGAACAAGGAAAGAAGAAAAAGGCACUGCCUCCUAGGAAAUUCAGAAAGCUCAAUUCUGAGUUGAAGGUGUACCCAUGUGAAUUGGAAGGACAGAAUGAGUAUGACGGGUUCAAGGACUGGCUCCACACUUUUGAAUUGUUCAGAGGAAAGAGGUCAGCAACAGAGGACACUGAUGAGAGUCGUAUUGUAGGAAAGUUCAAGGGAUCCUUGAAAAUUUACAAAAUUCCCCUACCUGAUGACAUUGAGGAUACUACGAUAACCGGUGGAGAUCCUUCUUGUGGCCUGUUCCAGGGACUGCCCAGCAACGAUCCAAUCAAAGUCCUGGUCAGGGUAUAUGUUGUUAAGGCAAAUGACUUGCAUCCAGCAGAUUUAAAUGGGAAGGCUGACCCGUACAUGGUAAUAAAAUUGGGCAGCACCACUAUCAACGACAAGGAGAACUAUGUCUCGAAACAACUCAACCCCGUGUUUGGAAAGUGUUUUGAGAUUGAGAGCACUUUUCCCAUGGAGUCUCUUCUUACGGUCCAGAUUUACGACUGGGACUUGGUGGGAAUGGAUGACCUCAUCGGAGAGACCAAGAUUGACCUUGAGAACCGCUACUACAGCCGACACCGGGCUGUGUGUGGUAUAUCAGCUAAAUAUGACCUUUAUGGUUACAAUGCUUGGAGGGACCCCAUAAAACCUACUCAGAUUUUAACCAAACUAUGCAAGGAUGGAAAAGUGGAUGGACCUCAUUACCAGCCAGGGAAAGUCCGCGUAGGAAACCGUAUAUUCACCGGAACCGUAGACCAUACAGAUGACCAGGAGAGUCGUAAAAACCAUGAGGAACAAUUGGCUCUGUCAGUUCUUAGACAAUGGGAGGAAAUACCUAAAGUGGGAUGUAAACUGGUUCCAGAGCAUGUGGAAACCAGACCGCUCUUCAAUCCAGAAAAACCAGGCAUAGAGCAGGGUAAACUAGAAAUGUGGGUGGAUAUGUUCCCCAUGGACAUGCCGGCUCCUGGUGGUCCUGUGGAUAUCAGCCCAAGGAGACCAAAGAGCUAUGAGCUGCGGUGUAUCAUUUGGAACACAGACGAUGUUGUGUUGGAAGAUGAUGCCUUCUUUACAGGAGAGAAGAUGAGUGAUAUAUAUGUAAAGGGUUGGAUUAAAGGCCAGGAUGACAUGCAGAGCACAGACAUACACUACAGGUCCCUGACAGGUGAAGGCAAUUUUAACUGGAGGUUUGUAUUUCCAUUUGACUAUCUGGUAGCUGAGGAAAAGAUUGUGAUUUCUAGAAAAGAAUCCCUCUUUUCUUGGGAUGAAUCAGAGACCAAAAUUCCAGCUCGUCUCAAUCUUCAAGUCUGGGAUGCUGAUCACUUCUCUGCAGAUGAUUUCCUAGGGGCAUUUACAAUGGAUUUGAAUCGAUUUCCUCGAGGUGCCAAAUCCUCCAAGCUGUGCACCCUAAAUAUGCUGACAGACCCAAACAUCCCCCAUAUGUCCUUGUUUAAACAGAAGAGGGUCAAGGGCUGGUGGCCGUUUGCCGUUAAAAGCGAAUCUGGAGACGAGUAUGAACUCACGGGCAAAGUUGAAGCUGAACUCCAUUUAAUGGCAUCAGAAGAAGCGGAGAAACACCCUGCAGGAUUAGGGAGAAAUGAGCCAGACCCAUUGGAAAAACCCAAUCGACCAGAUUCAUCAUUUAUAUGGUUUUUGAAUCCCCUCAAGUCAAUUCGCUACAUUCUCUGGCAUAACUACAAGUGGGUGAUUAUCAAGGUCCUCGUGGUCUUGCUUCUGACGGCCCUUUUGGUCCUUUUCUUUUACUCGAUGCCAGGAUACACCGUCAAAAAAAUGAUGGGAGCUUGACACGUUCUCAUUACCGACAGGAAGCUUCGCCAAUUUCCGCCGUCGACCAACUUUGGUCAGUAUGUAUCCAGUGAUGACCAGUCAUCGCCCAUCAGCUGUUGUCAUCAUAAUCAUCAUUCAUCUACAAAUUCUCCCACAUCUUUGAAACAUUAAUUACUAUGUCGGGGAUUGGGCAUCGCUUAACAGAAUAUGUGUUCAAGAGUUGUUUCAUUCGCAAGUUUUAGUGCUGAAAUCAAUAGAUGGUUAUAGUGUAUAGUCAAAAUGUGUGGACAAUUUGAUUCUGCAGUAUUACCAGGAAAAUUACAAUCUCUAUAUUACUACACCUGGUUGUUACUGAGCUUUGUAAACACCUGGAAAGACCACUGGGGACGUCACAAGGGGUUCUUACGUAUUCCUACCUUUGACAUGUACAGAUGGAAUUUACAGCAGGUAGCAGGGCCAGGCUGGCAUGUAACCCAAUGUUAAAUAGUACAGAAUGAUUUGAUAACAUGACGAAUCAAUUCAUGGUGUUUUAAGGUGUAACAUUAACAUUAGACAUAGAGGGGAGAGGAGGAAACUGAUCUUGGUUCUGUUUAUUUGGUCUUUAUAAAUAAUCAAACUAUUUCAGCUACAGUUCACAAAGCUCUAAAUGCAUUUAAUAUAUUAACUAGUUUCUUUGUGGUAGAUUCGUGGAUAUUUUCCUCGAUAUUGCAUGGGUAAAUAAAUUAUUAUCUGUUUUGGCCAGCAGAUUAUUACAUGUCAGAAGUGAUUGAAUCUCAACUAAGGUGAAUCUCACUAGUGAAGUGUGUUGGUGAUGUGUUUGUAUAUAAGUACAUGUUUGUGUAUAGUUAAAGUUUAUAAAAUACCUUAGUCUUCGAAAGAAAGGGCCAUGCAACAAUUCAUUGAUGCAAUUUUUUUUAACAUAGCAUUGUAGAUGCAUUUCUAGGUUUGAAACUUUCUGGUUUAUUGGUACCUCUUUAGAUUGUAGACUAAAUUGAUUGGUAAUAAGGCAAAAUUAGACGAAAGAAAUGAUAUUUAUAGGUGAAAUAAAAUUUUGCUACCCCUUUAUUACAUGUAUUGAUCCUAGCUUUAUUCAAUUGUUUUGUUUUUAUAUGUGCAAUGGUUAAAGGAAAUUAACUUUCAUAGAACAUAGUGUAUGACCUUUCAAAAUUGAAAAUUUAGUGAAAUUUUGUGACUGAAUUUUCCAAUGUAAACAAAACUGUUCAAUUGUAAAUUAGAACAAUUUGGAAUUUUAUUUACAUUUUGUAAAUGCCACAUACAGUAAAUGUCUAAUCAUAUAUUAAUAUACGAAUGAGUGAGAACAGCCUAGUACAAAAAGUGCUAAAAUAAUUAUGUCCACAUAGUAUGUUACAUAGUGUGUUACAUAACUACCCAACUCCAAGGUGUUGGUUAUAAAACUGGAUCUCCAUGAAAUGAAAUUACCAUACUUACAGGACUGUCUAUUGUAUAUGUUAUGUAAUUGUUACUCUAGCUGUGCAAUAUUGUUAUUACCAAUAUCUUUGUUGAAUUUUACAGGGAGUAGUGAGGGUAUUCAUACUCUGCCAUAUUGUUGCAUAAUGUGACAUGGUUCCAAAGUAUUAAUCAAAUGUAAUUAUUCUGUGAAUACCAGGUGGAAGCAUAAAAAAAGAUUUGAACAAAUUCAAACAAUAUGAAUUAUUCCGUAUUGACUCUUAGAAAGCUGUAAUUUUUCAUGGAUGAAAUCACCGAGUAGCUAUUUUCAUGGAAUUUAUGUAAUUUUCCAGAUAGGAUUUUGAUUACCAGUAGAUGCAUGUUUAUGUAUUUCCUCUUAUUGCUAGAAAUUAAUUAAGAACUAUGAAAUUAAUUAAGAACUAUCAAACGAUUAAAAACUAUGAUAGGUUUUACUGAUGUGAUGGAAUCAAUGGAUUAUUUUUUUUGUUAAUCAGCCAAAAUGAUAAUUCUUUACUUUGUCACGGAAAAUGUCUCAUAAUGUGAAGGAAAUUGCUUGAUUAACAUUGUUGUCUGUGAUAAUUUAAUUUGUUACUGACUCAAAAAUUGCAUGUAAUACUAUAGAUUCCAAACAUCAUCUUAGUUCUCAACACUGCUGACUGAAAUUGCUUUUUGCUGACUCCUAAUUCAUUUUGUUAAAGUAGAAUGAGCUUGUUUCAAUAUGGUGAAAAUUAAUUUGGAAAAUCUUGUUUCAUUAUGCUUACUCCUCUCUUUGUUUGAUCUCUGGCAAAAGCAAUCAAAUUUGUCUUCUUAUUUUUUUUUUUAAUUAUUUGAUAUCUGAAACCAAAGAGGCAGACUUGCAAUAUGGUUUUCAUCUGUGGAUUGUUUUAAAGAGUUCAUAUGAUAAAUUGUCUCAUUUCAAUCUUGGGACUGCUCUGGUGUACAUGUACUGAAAUUUUUGAUGCACAAAAUUUUUGUUGUCAAUAAACAGUUAAUUACAGUU